AUGUCGGAGCACGCAAGCACGGAGGAGGAGCAGGAGAUUGCACUGAGGCACGUGGUGCAGCGGCCGGCCGUUGCAUGGGGCAACGAUGAGUCGACUUACGUUGACCUGUCAGGGGUGGACCUGCAGCGAGUGGCGCGAGGGGCGGUGGCGAGUGCGAAUGAGAGGCAAGUGAGCGGGCAGCGCUCUGCUGUUCAUCUCGGUGCUGGAGGCACAGGUGGUGGUACCGGGAUAUAG